UUUCGUCGGCCCGCCCCUUGGCUUCUGCACUGAUGGUGGGUGGAUGAGUAAUGCAUCCAGGAAGCCUGGAGGCCUGUGGUUUCCGCACCCGCUGCCACCCCCGCCCCUAGCGUGGACAUUUAUCCUCUAGCGCUCAGGCCCUGCCGCCAUCGCCGCAGAUCCAGUGCCCAGAGAGACACGAGAGAACCCACCAUGGCCCCCUUUGAGCCCCUGGCUUCCGGCAUCCUGUUGUUGCUGUGGCUGAUAGCCCCCAGCAGGGCCUGCACCUGUGUCCCACCCCACCCACAGACGGCCUUCUGCAAUUCCGACCUCGUCAUCAGGGCCAAGUUCGUGGGGACACCAGAAGUCAACCAGACCACCUUAUACCAGCGUUAUGAGAUCAAGAUGACCAAGAUGUAUAAAGGGUUCCAGGCCUUAGGGGAUGCCGCUGACAUCCGGUUCGUCUACACCCCCGCCAUGGAGAGUGUCUGCGGAUACUUCCACAGGUCCCACAACCGCAGCGAGGAGUUUCUCAUUGCUGGAAAACUGCAGGACGGACUCUUGCACAUCACCACCUGCAGUUUCGUGGCUCCCUGGAACAGUCUGAGCUUAGCUCAGCGCCGGGGCUUCACCAAGACCUACACUGUUGGCUGUGAGGAAUGCACAGUGAGUGUUUCCCUGUUUAUCCAUCCCCUGCAAACUGCAGAGUGGCACUCAUUGCUUGUGGACGGACCAGCUCCUCCAAGGCUCUGAAAAGGGCUUCCAGUCCCGUCACCUUGCCUGCCUGCCUCGGGAGCCAGGGCUGUGCACCUGGCAGUCCCUGCGGACCCGGAUAGCCUGAAUCCUGCCGGAGUGGAAGCUGAAGCCUGCGCAGUGUCCACCCUGUUCCCACUCCCAUCUUUCUUCUAGACAAUGAAAUAAAGAGUUACCACCCAGCA